CUAGUGAUUACUGAUAUGACCCCCAUUUUGUACGGUUUUGCAGGCAGUCCAUCAGUUGGAUCUGUAUUAUUGUGCGCCAAAGCUUUGGGCUUGAACCUGAAUAUAAAACCAGUCGAUCUUUUCAAAUUGGAACAUCUUAAAUCCAAAUUUCUUGCACUCAAUCCGCAACACACGGUUCCAGUAUUGGAUGACGAGGGCUUCAUCCUGUCUGACAGCCAUGCGAUCAAUGCUUAUCUUGCUUCUAAGUACGGAAAGGACACAUCUCUGUAUCCUGUUGACAUAAAACAACGAGCAAUCGUGGACCAACGGCUUCAUUAUGAUUCCAGCUCUUUGUUCGCCAGAGGAUUAGUAAUAUCUAAAAUCAUUCUCUUCGAAGGUGCCAAAGACAUUCCUCAGAAGAACUUGGACUUGCUGAAAGAGGCGUUUGAGGUGUCUGAGAAAUUAUUGCAGAAGGAGUGGAUUGCGGGUGAUCAACUAACUAUAGCAGAUUUCAGCUUUGUAACUUCAUUGACGUCUUGGAGUGUGUACAUUCCACUAUCAGAAAAGGAGUACCCUAAACUUGCUGCUUGGCGAAAAAGAAUAGAGAACUUGCCGUACUAUUAUGUUUAUCAGCAAAGUCUGGAUACCUUCGUUAAACUCAUGAAGAACAAAGUGCCUAAAUGAGCGAGGAUAUUGGCAU